GAAGCAGCAGCCUAACCACAGUACUUUCGAAUUGAUAUUAUUAAGAUAAUAUAUUCGAGGAUUCUUUACAAAUACAAGAAAGAUAAAAUAUAAAAAAAAAAUUAACUAAUUUGCUUUGGUCAAAACUGGGAAGAAAUAAAAAUAAAAUGUUGGAAAGAAUAGAAUAGAAUGAAUAUGGUAAGGAAGUAAAACAAUACCAACCAAUGAUCAUAAUACUAAUCCGACUUUCUAAAACACAUUUCCCUAUAUAAAGCCAAAGGCCACUCUCAUCCUUCUUUCACCUCCAAAUCCAUCAUUACAUCAGAACCCAAUCCUCUUCAUCUCUCUCGGCUAAUUUCACAAAGCACAUAAACCGAACCAAACCGGUUCGGUCAUUGUUCUCUGUCUCCUCUGCUGCUACCUACCUCUGUCUCUAUCUCUCCGAAUCUUUAACCAAGAAUGGCGUUGAAGAACGAGAAGAAGAUGACCAAGAGUUACUUUGACGUUCUUGGAAUCUGCUGUACAUCAGAGGUUCCACUGAUUGAGAACAUCCUCAAAUCCAUGGAUGGUGUCAAAGAAUACUCUGUUAUCGUUCCGUCAAGAACCGUCAUCGUCGUUCAUGACACUCUCAUCCUCUCCCAGUUCCAAAUCGUAAAAGCACUAAACCAAGCACGGUUGGAAGCAAAUGUGAGGGUCACCGGAGAAACCAAAUUCAAGAAUAAAUGGCCAAGUCCCUUUGCGGUGGUUUCCGGUGUGCUUCUCCUCCUCUCCUUCUUCAAGUAUCUCUACUCUCCCUUCCGUUGGCUAGCUGUCGUUGCCGUGGUUGCUGGAAUCUAUCCUAUACUCGCCAAAGCUGUAGCAUCCCUUGCAAGGUUUAGAAUCGACAUCAACAUCCUUGUUGUUAUUACCGUGGGUGCAACCAUUGGUAUGCAGGAUUACACAGAAGCUGCAGUGGUUGUCUUUUUAUUCACAAUUGCCGAAUGGCUCCAGUCAAGAGCUAGCUAUAAGGCAAGUGCAGUGAUGCAGUCUCUUAUGAGUUUAGCUCCACAGAAGGCAGUGAUUGCAGAAACUGGAGAAGAAGUUGAAGUGGAUGAGCUCAAGAUCAAUACAGUUAUAGCAGUCAAAGCUGGUGAAACCAUACCAAUUGAUGGAGUUGUUGUGGAUGGGAACUGUGAAGUUGAUGAGAAAACCUUGACAGGUGAAGCUUUCCCCGUGCCUAAGCUGAGAGAUUCAACGGUCUGGGCUGGAACCUUCAAUCUUAAUGGUUACAUAACUGUGAAAACCACUGCUCUAGCUGAGGAUUGCGUGGUUGCCAAGAUGGCAAAGCUUGUAGAAGAAGCUCAGAACAGCAAAACUGAAACUCAGAGAUUUAUAGACGAGUGUUCCAAGUACUAUACUCCAGCGAUCAUCCUGAUAUCAGUUUGUUUUGCGGCUGUCCCAUUUGCACUGAAGGUUCACAACCAGAAACAUUGGUUUCACUUAGCACUAGUUGUGUUAGUAAGUGCUUGUCCUUGUGGGCUUAUUCUCUCUACACCAGUAGCCACUUUCUGUGCACUCACAAAGGCAGCCACAUCAGGACUUUUGAUCAAAGGAGCUGAUUAUCUUGAGACCUUGGCCAAGAUCAAGAUUGUUGCUUUUGACAAAACCGGAACCAUCACUAGAGGCGAGUUCAUAGUCAUGGAUUUCCAGUCACUUUCCAGUGAUACAAGCCUGCACAGUUUACUCUACUGGGUAUCAAGCGCAGAGAGCAAGUCAAGCCAUCCAAUGGCUGCUGCACUUGUAGACUAUGCAAAAUCUGUCUCAGUUGAACUUAAGCCUGAAGCGGUUGAGGAUUACCAAAAUUUUCCAGGAGAAGGAAUAUACGGCAAGAUUGAUGGCAAACAAGUAUAUAUCGGUAACAAAAGGAUUGCUUCCAGAGCUGGGUGUUCAUCAGUUCCAGAUAUCGAUGUUGAUACCAAAGGAGGAACGACAGUUGGUUAUGUAUAUGUUGGAGAAACACUGGCUGGAGUUUUCAAUCUCUCAGAUGCUUGUAGAUCUGGUGUAGCUCAAGCAAUGAAAGAGCUGAAAUCUAUGGGAAUAAAGACUGCCAUGCUUACCGGAGAUAAUCAAGCUUCGGCCAUGCAUGCUCAAGAACAGCUAGGGAAUGCUAUGGAUAUUGUUCGAGCAGAGCUUCUUCCAGAAGGGAAAUCUGAAAUCAUCAAAGAGUUUAAGAGAGAAGGGCCAACGGGGAUGGUAGGGGACGGGUUGAAUGAUGCACCAGCUUUAGCUACAGCGGAUAUUGGUAUCUCGAUGGGUGUUUCCGGCUCUGCACUCGCAACAGAGACCGGCAAUAUAAUUCUGAUGUCUAAUGACAUCAGAAGGAUACCACAGGCGAUAAAGCUUGCACGUAGAGCGAAAAGGAAAGUGGUGGAGAACGUGAUCAUAUCAAUUAGUAUGAAAGGAGCAAUUCUUGCAUUGGCUUUUGCUGGUCAUCCGAUGAUUUGGGCAGCUGUGCUUGCUGAUGUAGGAACUUGUCUGCUUGUGAUCCUAAAUAGCAUGUUGUUACUAAGUGACAAACACAAAGCUGGAAACAAAUGUUAUAGGGAGUCUUCUUCUUCUUCCUCUGUCUUAACCGCAGAGAAAAUUGAAGGUGAUGCUGCUGGAGACAUGGAAGCAGGUUUACUACCAAAUACCAGUGGUAAGCAUUGCAAGUCAGGCUGUUGUGGAAAGAAAAAUCAAGAGAAAGUGAUGAAAUCAGCUAAAACCAGUUCAGCCCAUGGUCACACUGGUUGUUGUGAGAAGAAACACAAUGUAAGGGCUGUGGAAAAGACGUGUUGCGCAGAAACUGGUGUUUUAAAACUAGGCCAUGACUCAGGGUUUUGUGGUGAAAAGACUCAGAAACCACACCAGCACCAACAUGAGGUGAAGUGGUGUGGUGAAAAGACUCAGAAACCACACCAACACCAACAUGAGGUGAAACAAAGCUGUCAUACCAAGUCAUCCUGCCUGGACAAUGGAACUGGUUCUAAACAAAAAAGCUCUUCAACCUUGGUCAAUCGGGAAGGAGAUGAGCAAGGGGAGGUGCAAGUGUCAGUCAAAGGUUGUUGCUCAAGUCCUGGUGAUUCCAAGGUAGCUAGCUUAAAAUUGAGUAAUGGGGAUUGCAAGUCGAGCUGCUGUGAAAGUUCUAAGAUGGAUGAUAAAGAAGAAACAUGUUCACAAGCGAAGGAGACUUGCAAGUCUCACUGUAGCAGCAGAGAGAGGAGUCACCAUGGUAGCAGCUGUUGCAGGACCUACGCUAUGGAGUCUAGCAGUCACCAUCACCACCACACAAGGGCUGCGGCUGGCUUAACAGAGAUUGUGAUUGAAUAGCUAUUAGUUCUCGCUCACAUUUGUACUUGUAACCUUUCAUCUUGCAAUCAUCAGAAAGAAUGAUGUAUGGAUCGAGGAACCAUGUGAUUCAUCUAAGGAAAUGUGAACCUUUUGAAUACUUAUCUUUUAA